GAAAAAUCUCCCGCCACUAAUUCUAUAAUGUUAUUGUAGGUACCCCUCUAGAGUUACAUUGAGGCGCCGUAAACGCCGUGGUGGCUAAUCGAUGAGUUUCUUCUGUCUUCGCGGUUUGAGUUUGCAAGCUUACUUUGGCAGCGAGGUUACGUUUUAGGAUUAAGUCUUGAUUUGUGUGGAUUUUUUGUGCUUCGAUUUUAACACUCAAACGAUAUUGGGAUGGAGAAACGUAUAGAAUUGGAAAAAAGGGGAAAAAAUCCUGAAGAUAUACGAGAGUUAAACCUAGAUAAUUGCCGUAGUACAUGCAUUGUCGGUUUAACAGAUGAAUUUUCUAACUUGGAAAGUUUAUCUCUGAUAAAUGUGGGAUUGACAUCACUUAAAGGUUUUCCCAAACUACCCAACCUCAAAAAAUUGGAGUUGAGUGAUAACAGGAUAAAUAAUGGGCUGAACUUAUUGGAAACCAGUUCAAAAAUCACACAUCUGAACUUAAGUGGAAAUAAAAUUAAAGAUUUGGCCACAUUGGAACCAUUAAAAAAUUUCAAGAACCUGAAGAAUCUUGAUUUGUUUAACAAUGAAGUUACAACUCUGGAUAGCUAUCGGGAAAAAAUAUUUAAAAUGAUACCUAACUUAAAGUACUUGGAUGGUUACGACGCUGAUGACGGCGAGGCCGAGGACAGCGACGCCGAGGAGGAGGUGAACGGCAACGACGAUGAUUCGGAGGAGGAGGCGGCCAGCUCUGACGACGACGACGACGAGCUGGAGGAGAGCGUCGGCCUGGGCGCCGUCUACUCCGAAAAUCUGGACGAGAUGUCCGACGAAGGGGAUUACGAGGCUGUCGAAGAGGAGGAGGACGAGGACGGGAUCGAGGAGGAGGAGGAUGAGGACGACGGUGCCGAAGAUGACGCACAGUCGCCAAACGUUUCAAGAGGCAAGAAGCGGAAGAUGGAGGAUGGAGAAGAAAAUUAAGUGUUAUAAUUAGUGAUAUGAACUUAAUGACCAAUGAUUGUGUCUCCAACAAGGUGAGAAGAGACUAUAUCUCUGGCUGUGGUUUCAUACUUUGCAAACAUCAAAUAAAUAGUUUGUGGUAAAAAAUCCCACUAAACUGCUAAAUAUUAAAUUCUAAAUUCCCAAAUUCAAUUUAUAAAAGAAGCGUUAUAUUGUAAAGUAUCCCUUAGCAGCCAGUUCUUGUUAAGUAAGUCAAUGAUGGAAUAAUAUAUUUUGUACAGGAACUUGCAGUUCCCCUAUAGAUAUCUUAGUAGUUUAGAGUGUUUACAUAGCUAAGUUAUUUGUUUUUAUUUUUUAUGUUAUCUUUUCAAAAUAUUACAUUCUUACAUAGACUUGAUUUACUUCUUAUGGGGCAUUAAAUUCAGAUUUUUUAUUGUCAAUUUGAUCAGUUUUAUCUGGUUUUUAAGUAACUACAGUACAAAAUGUAAGUUUUUAUACCAAAAUUACUGCAUAAUAUACAAAAUCCGAAAAUCAAAUACCCCCUCAAGAAGUUCCCUUAUUGAUGAAAUAUAUUACUAAUUGGGGAAUAACCAUUGCAUUUUAUUAUGGAAUUUUUACCGUUGGCAGAAAAAAGGUGAAUUAUUUACAGAUAAUUUAUUUUAAUUGUAAGUGGGUUUAAUAAUGUCUUUAAUUAUUCAUCCACAACAUGGAAUCUCAAAAUUGAGUUUUAAUUUUUUUCUUUUAAAUUAAUUUAAAAUUUAAAACCAUUUACUUUCAAAAUAAAUUUAAAUUUUAGAAUUGACUGAAAUCAACACCGAAGAGUAUUUUAAAUAAAAUUUUAAUUAAAUGGGCCAGAAGUUUACUGGCCAAAAUAUGUGAAUAAAUUUAUUUUCAUAUAAUAAUAAUACAUACAUAGUUUAGACCUGUUGUUUUAUAUUUAAAGUCGUAAAGUUUGUUUGAUCUUUUAAUAAAAAAUCAAAAUUAUUGUAAAAAUAUAUUCUACCUCUGCUGUUGUUUUUUAAAAUUUCUAGCAGUUUUAUGCUAUGUUUAAAGUUUAUUGAAUCAUCACAUACAAAUUGAAUGCUGAAUUCCUUAAUUAUUAGUAUUUGUUAAAUUUAUUAAAAAUCUAUUCUCAGAUUUUAGAAUAUUAGUUGUAGUUCAAUCAUUAAAUAUUGUUAGUGGAGUAUGCUAUAUUGUGUAACGUAAUUUACUGUAUAUGACAAAAUAAUUUGCAUUCUCUUGUACUUUCGGUUAAAAUACACAUUUUUAGAAAAAAUA